UUCUUCCAGCCUCUUCAAAAGUUCAACAAAAAAGAAAAAAAUGUUGCUAUCAUCAUCAUCUGUCAAAUUAACAAAAUUCCUAGCCGGUGGUUCUGCUGGCUCUCUGUUGUCUAAAAUUUCCAGGAAAAACAAUUUCAUAUCAAAGUAUUUACACCUAACCACAACAACAAUGUCUGGAGAAGCAACAAGAAAACUACGUGAAUUUGGCUAUGCAUUCAACAAAGAAGGAAAACUUCGAAAAGUUGAUUCAUCAACUGGUGAACCUGGUAAUGAACCAUUUCAAUUCGAUGUCUAUCCAGAUUAUGGACAAAAUCAACGACACUAUGAAGAACUAGCUAAUUGUAUUCCAGAGAUUAUUUAUGAACUUUUAGAACAAAAUGGUAUGGUUCGUGUGUACACACCUGAAAAUGUACCCAAAGAACAGGCAACAUUCAUCUUCACAAGUCGAGAGAAACUAGAUAAACCAAAAAAGUUAUUGGUUUUAAUUCAUGGUAGUGGCUAUGUGAGAGCUGGUCAAUGGGCUAGGAGUUUAAUUAUCAACAACUCCUUGGAUCAUGGUACAGUUCUUCCUUAUAUUAAAAAAGCUCGAGAAUUGGGCUAUGACAUUUUAGUUACAAAUACAAAUGAUAACUAUCGUGAAUCGGAAGAUGGAACUAUGAAAGUUAUUCCUGGACAUAAUAAUCCAAUAAAUCAUGCAGUCACUGUGUGGGAGAAAUAUGUGGCAGGAUCGAGUCCUGAAAGUGUUGCCAUAGUGGCUCAUAGCUAUGGUGGAUCUGUUACUUUAGCAUUGGCCAAACAAUUUGAACAAUUUUUCAAGCACAAAGUCUUUGCCGUUGCAUUGACAGAUUCAGCACACUUUUCUGGCGGACAUUCAGUUGUAAAGAACCUACGACCCAUUACUAGGAAUUUUGUUUCAAGUGAUAAGCCAUUGGGAACAGUUAUUAAAACACCAAGUGAUGACUUGCCACAGGUGUCAGCAGGUCAUACAAAACACGAAUGGACAUCUUAUUCAGCAAUGUCAGCAGUUUUUGAAUUUAUUGAACAACGUUAUGAAGAAUUUUUAGCAAGUUCCAAGUCUAAAACUGAGUUGUAAGAUAAUAUUUUAAGGGAGAAGAUUAAAAAUAAUGUGAUUACAGAUAAA